AAAGCAGACACGAGCGUUGAGAGAGAGACAUGAUGGAGAGGAGGAGGUGAGCUAGUGCGGGCAGCAGCAUUUGAAAAAAAAAAACACAACAGCGUUUGAAUUCAAGUGCAGUGGGUGGAGUUUAAGGAUGCUUUAGGGGUGCAGGAGAAGUUGUUGCCUUGACACGCCGAAGCCAUGCGUUAUGCCUGUGACUGAAUGACCGCUGACCGGUGAGGACGGAGGAUGCUGGAGCAUGAGGCAGGAGCGGACAUGCGACUGGUCCGUCAGAUCAGCGCCGGGAUGAAGAUCCAGGCCGGGGGAGAGCACACAGGCUGCAGCAAGGUCGCGGACAAUCCGGAGAACCAGGUCAUCUGUUUGCAGUGUCAAGAGGAGCUGGUGCGGGUUUGUCCGGGGAGUCCGCGCAGUCCUCGCCGCGCCAUCGCGCCGCGCUUCUCCACCGGAUCCGCAGACCGUGAGCCCAGCAGUAGCAGCUACAAUGCCUCUUCAGGAACCUUCUACAGCUGUGUCAGUCAGAUCACCAUUGGGUUUGAUCUCGGGGGUCAGGUGGCCAUUGGCUUCUCCCACUGGAAGAGUCCCUUCCCAGCGAGUGGCCUCCCAAGUCCGGACUGCGUUCACUCUGAGGCCUCCACCGUCCCGCCCAUCAGCGAGUAUCUGGAGCCGGUGUCCUGCCCGGCAUCGCUGUCCAUCACCCCGCUGCCCACCUGCAGUGCCAGCCAGGAGACGCUCUGCGACAGCAGCACGAGAGUGAGUUUGUCUCUACAUGGGUCUGAGCCCCAGCGGCAGAGCCCCCACCGACGCAGAGUCCCGCCGCAGCCCUCGGCCUCAGGCUACCAGGCAGCGGACAGACCUCUCGCCUUCCCCUCCACUGGGAAGGCAGACAUCAUGGAGGAAUCCUCGUCUCAAGCCGCGGACUCCAGCACUCAAGACGACGUGCCUCCCCUCGCUGUGAAGGAUGUCAAUGUGCUGCUUGAGAGAGAAAUGUCUGAGGGCAUCAGCAGCCCAUCCAGAGACAACGACUCCACCCUGCUGAACCUGGGAAACAACAGCAGCAUCCUCGACGACAACACAAAGUCUGAUUCUGGCCUCCCAGAGGGGAGGGGUAAGUCCAGCGGCCUGUGCUUCAGCGAUGGAAAGAGUCGCAUUGACUACAUCCUGGUUUACAGAAAGUCCAGCUCGCAGUCCGAGAAGAGGGAGAUAUUUGAGCGGAACAUGCGUGCAGAGGGCUUACAGAUGGAAAAGGAGGCCUCCAUAACAAACAGCGACGUUCUUUUUCUGAAGAUCCACGCGCCGUGGGAUGUUCUCUGUCGCUACGCUGAGCUCAUGAACAUUCGCAUGCCUUUUAGGAGGAAAAUCUUUUACAUGCACCGACGGCACAAGUUCAUGAGCAGGAUGGAAAAGCGCAUCAACAAGUUUCGUGGCUGGCUUCCCCGCAAGCCCAUGAAGUUUGACAGCGAAACUCUGCCUGACCUGGAGGAGAACGAGAGCUUCACCGCCCCCUUCAGUCGAUCAAGAAUACAUCAUUUCAUCAUCCACAACAAAGACUCUUUUUUCAACAACGCCACCAGAAGUCGCAUCGUCCACCACAUCCUUCAGCGGGUCAAAUAUGAGGAGGGCAAAAAUAAGAUGGGGCUUAAUCGUCUUUUGAGCAAUAGUUCAUAUGAGGCAGCCUUCCCUCUUCAUGAGGGGAGCUACCACAGCAAAAACUCCAUCAGAACACACGGAGCAGAGAACCAUCGGCACCUGCUGUACGAAUGUUGGGCCUGGUGGGGGGUUUGGUACAAGUACCAACCGCUGGACCUCAUCAGGAGGUAUUUUGGGGAGAAGAUCGGUCUAUACUUUGCCUGGCUCGGCUGGUACACGGGGAUGCUGUUUCCUGCAGCUCUGGUCGGCCUCUUGGUAUUCCUGUAUGGCCUUUUCACUCUGGAGCACUGCCAGGUCAGUAAAGAAAUCUGCCAGGCCACUGACGUCAUCAUGUGCCCCAUCUGUGACCAGUACUGCCCCUACCUGAGACUGUCAGACAGCUGCAUCUACGCCAAGGUCACCCAUCUCUUUGACAAUGGCGCAACUGUUUUCUUUGCUGUAUUCAUGGCUGUUUGGGCAACGGUCUUCCUGGAGUUCUGGAAAAGGCGCAGAGCUGUCCUCGCAUACGACUGGGACCUCAUCGACUGGGAGGAAGAGGAGCUGUUGUUUCAGUGCGAAUCGUCGCAAAUGGCAAAGCGCACCUCCAUCUCCCCGUCAUCGCCAGUCUUCGCCGAUUCAUCAGAUUCAUCAUCAGAUUCAUCAUCAGAUUCAUCAUCAGAUUCAUCCGCUUCAUCAGCUCCAUCAGCUUCUUCAGCCUAUGAGCCUCAUCAGAAUCAUCAGCCACCACCGCCACCAGUGUCUGGACUCCAUGGGGGGAUUUAUCGUGCUGCUGCUCAGGGCAGACGCCCCUCUCUUUCAAAUUUCCCUGACGAAAUACGCCCCCAGUUUGAGGCCAAAUACUCGAAGAAGGAGAGGAUGAACCCCAUAUCUGGAAAGCCUGAACCUUACCAGGAUUUCACUGACAAAUACAGUCGCCUCAUCGUCUCAGCAUCCGGGAUCUUCUUCAUGAUAUUGGUGGUGAUCGCCGCUGUGUUCGGCAUCGUCAUUUACCGCGUGAUCACAGUCAGCACCUUCGCCGCCUUCGGCUGGGCUCUGAUCAGGAACAACUCUCAGGUGGCGACCACGGGAACGGCAGUCUGCAUCAACUUCUGCAUGAUCAUGCUCCUCAACGUGCUCUAUGAAAAGGUUGCUCUUCUUCUCACUAAUUUAGAACAGCCGAGGACAGAGUCAGAGUGGGAGAACAGCUUUACCCUCAAGAUGUUCCUUUUUCAGUUCGUCAACCUCAACAGUUCAACUUUCUACAUCGCCUUCUUCUUGGGAAGAUUUACAGGCCGGCCUGGUGCAUAUCUACGCCUCAUCAAUCGCUGGAAACUGGAAGAAUGCCACCCCAGUGGCUGUCUCAUUGACCUCUGUCUGCAGAUGGGGAUCAUCAUGGUGCUAAAACAGACCUGGAACAAUUUUAUGGAGCUCGGCUACCCGCUGAUCCAGAACUGGUGGACCCGGCGGAGGCUGAGGAGAGAGCACGGAGAGAAAGCCAAGGCCAGCUUCCCACAGUGGGAGAGGGAUUACAACCUACAGCCAAUGAAUGCCUACGGACUCUUUGAUGAAUACUUAGAAAUGAUUCUACAGUUUGGCUUCACCACCAUCUUUGUGGCAGCAUUCCCUCUGGCCCCUCUCUUAGCGCUGCUCAACAACGUCAUCGAGAUUCGUUUGGACGCCUACAAGUUUGUCACACAGUGGCGGCGACCUCUGCCCUCACAAGCCAAAGACAUAGGGAUCUGGUAUGGCAUUCUGGAGGGCAUCGGCAUCUUGUCCGUCAUCACCAACGCCUUUGUCAUCGCCGUUACCUCAGACUUCAUUCCUCGCCUUGUUUACGCCUACAAGUAUGGACCUUGUGCUGGUCAGGGUCGAGCAGGGGAGGGGUGUAUGAUUGGUUACGUCAACGCCAGUCUUUCAGUAUUCCGGGUGUCUGACUUUGAGAGAAGAUCACAGUACAGGACUAAUGGCUCCGAGCUUUUUGGACAAGCUGUCAAGUUUUGCAGGUAUCGUGACUACAGGGAGCCUCCAGACUUUGCCGAGCCCUACGCAUACACUCUACAGUUCUGGCACGUCCUGGCGGCCCGGCUUGCAUUCAUCAUUGUGUUCGAGCACAUGGUCUUUACCAUCAAAACCCUGAUCGCGUACCUGAUCCCCGACCUCCCCAAGGACCUGCGGGAUAGAAUGCGGCGAGAGAAAUACCUGAUCCAGGAGAUGAUGUAUGAGGCCGAGUUGGAGAGACUGCAGAAGGAGAAAAACGAGAAGAAGAACAAAGACAGGGUCCAAAACAAGGAAUGGCCCUGAAUACACCAACUGGUACAGCCGGAGAUUCAGAAACAGUUUGUACAGGAGAUUAUUCAGCUCUGUUCAUGACUUGUGUGGGGUUUGAUCUGCAGGAUUUGCCCACUGAGCGGAAGUCGGUCCUGGAAGCUAUCAGAGUUUAGGCUAACGUUAGCAGCUCUGUCCUGAACUUGAUUGGAUUUGGGGAAGUUACACUCCAGAAACCCCAGCUGCUGUUACCAAAGAUAGCGUAUUUUAUCACCUCAAUUAGUGCUCACCCAAAGCCUUUUCUCUUGUAAAAUUAAAAAUGAAAACAUAGUGUUUAAAGAUAUGAAUAUGUUAAGCUCCUAGGGCUAUUCGAACUAACUAGCUUCACACUACAAUUCAAGAACAAUUUAGUACAAUUGACACAGGCUUAUAACUUAAUGACUUAAUUUUUUCCUGGGACAUGCAGAUUUAGCCUCAGUCUGUUAGCUCUGUACAGUGCAUAUUUAAGACGUCUUUUACAUAAUGAAUGAUGAUAAAAGUAAGCUGGAAAAAUUGAUCAGAGACAGGGUUUUCAUUUGAAUUUGUGGAUACAACGUUAGCUUAAUUUGCUAACUAGCUAUAGAAAAUCAAAUCCAAGAGCGACAGCUGACACCGACGGCCAGUGGCUAGUAAUGAGAAGUCUGCUUUUGUCUACCUCUGUCUGAAAUCAAGGACCCAUUUUUUUCAAAAACAUUACUAAGAAUUGUGCAUUUUAAAUCUGCCACUUUUAUCAUUAUUUGUAUGUGCCAUGCAGGAGCAGAAAGCUUGAGGUGUAGCAACGAAAGCUAAUGGUUAAGACUGAAUGAGUACGUUUUAAGAUGUGUACAGGUUAGGUUCAUUAAAGAGAAGUUUUUGCAUUCUGUUUUGGAACUCUUUUCAGCUUGAGUCCACACAUUUUAAAAAUUAAAUCAAGGUAUUUCACCUUGUAAAACAUAUCAAAGCUACUGAAUUCAUGCUAGAAUAGUUUCAAACUAUUUAAAAUAGAUUUUAAGAUGCCGAAAUCAAGUUGGAAGAAAGGAAAGCAAAAAACAUGUUUAAAGGAAAAUGUAUAUAGCUGUGCCUUUCAGAGUUGUUGCAUCCUAAGACCUCAGCUGUGUAAAAAUUCAAAUGAAAACAUUUCAAGUGUAACGCUGUAUGUUUCCCAGUGUUAACAGGCCUUACCAUAUAGUUUCUCUUAUUCCCAGGUUAUCAGCUGGUGUUUGGUUUUCACUGCACAGUGGAGGAAGGAGAGGAGCGCUGGGUUUCCUGCAUGAUACUGGACCCUCAUACCUUCCUCCUGCCAUGUCAGACCAGCACCUGCUAGUGGACAGUAGAUGAACUGCACCCAGCAGGGCCACACAGUGUACACAGGGCCCAUUGUGUCUGCAUUCAUAACGGAUGUCCUCUUGAACAUUUGACAGUGGGUUUUGCUACGUUUUUUUUUUCUUUUUCUCUCUCCAGAUAGUUUCUACCACUUUGGACUCUCAACAGCGUAUGUCUUCAGAUCCUGAAUGUAGAUUUCAAGCAAGACUAAAAGUUUUACGGAUUUCUGGUUUUAGACGAGAGAAAUAACUCUAACCGAGCUUACUGAAUGACAAACCCUGUUUACAUUUCUCCUCAUUUGAGGAGUUCACAUAUUGCUUUAUUGCAAAUACAGAUAUUUAAAUGAAUGUCAGGCCAUCUGCUCUGCUAUAGUGUAGUGCAAUAAAAAAGCUAGAGAAUGCAAUUUCUGGAGAGGUUGCGGUGGGAUUGCUGGCUGCCGAAAACCUGACUGAUGGACAGUCAGAAGCUAAACUGCAUUGCUUGAAAAGCUGGGCUGCGUUGCUUCAUGUAUAGCAGGUAGCUGAACAGCAUCGCUUAAAAAAAAAAUGCCUGGAUCGCUGGCUUAACUUUGUAUAAAAGGAGCAGCUGAAGGAGUAUGAAGAGUUGGAAUAAUAGAAAAGGGCAACAUAUAAAAGUAAGCAAUGACAUGUAUUGAAAUGAGAGUUACAUGUGCAGACUUGUAUGAGCUUAAAUGUAUGGAAUGCAGGAUUUUCCUUAAAAAAACAAUGUACAGACUAAUUCAAAAAUAAUCCCUCAAUCGUGAGGGCUACACGGAAUCUGCGGCGAUCAAGUCUGAAUUCGUUUGAGGUAAAUAGCUCAAUAAAAUGUUUUUAUAUUAGCCUUUUUGUGUGCAUGUGUGUGUGUGUGUGUGUGUCACCUCAGUUAAGAAUCCAACAUGCAGCCUCCAUAGAGGUCAGAGAAGCAGUCUAAUUAGCAAAUCUCAAUGAGCUGUGUGUCACCACCUGCAAUUAGAGGUUGCCAUGGUAAUGGUACACCUGCUGAGUGGCUCAUGGGUCUGACAUUCUGUCUUGCCUUUAAUAGACCUUUUUCGUGGCAGACAUGUUGACAUGGCAUAGUAGGAAAAGUACAGAUGUAUUCCAAACCAUUAAUGAUGGCUGCAUUCCACUUAGGAGAGGCCCUGGUAUUGUGCAUGUUGACUCACUGAAAUAGCU